CUCCAUCUCGGUCUCUCGCUCAGAGCACUUCGUUCGGCAGAGCGGUAUAACAGAGUGGAGUGUGUGUUUGCCGUGGCGUGUGUGUCCAGAGCAGCGAUCGCAGUGAAAACAGAGAGAGAGAGAGAGAGAGAAAGAGAGAGAGAGAGAUAGAAAGAUAGGCAGAUAGAAAGAGAGAGAGAGAGAGAGAGACAUCCAGAGGCAGGACUGAGCGGACUGAGAAAAAGCAACACUCCUGACCACCACGUAUGUAGAUGUUUCACACAGGAUGAGCUGCAGAUCUGCACUCACACCGCUGACGGGACGAUCCCACAGUUUGACGGAGGGACGGACAUAGAGAUGCUGGCAGUCUAACACAAUCUCCUUGCAUCCCCAGUCACAGAGGACCACGGCUCAUCUAACAGUGUCGCAUAUAACUGAGGACACAUCCAGGCGCCUCAUCCACCUCGCCGACAUCCUAACGGCAGCACAAAGGUCCCUUCUCUCAGACCAGCCGGCUGUACAUGGAGACCCCCAGUUGGGCAGAAACCAAGCCAGGAAGUGGUCUGUGCAAACCAGGAAGCAUCGCUCUGUUUGGAAACGUGGUGUACAGCGGGCUGCUCAACGAGCACUUCUGGCACUUCGGGGUUCCCCUCGUCACCAGACUGGGUAACCAAGAGGCCCCAGCUCCCCCUGAAGCCAUGGCCCAACCCUUCCCACCGGCCCAGUACCCCCCUCCACCACAGAACGGGAUCCCUGCUGAGUACGCCACGCCCCAUACCCACCAACCGGCCGACUACACGGGACCAAGCACGGUGGCCGAGCACGCCCUGACACUGUACACGCCGACACACACACACAGCGAACAGCCGGGAAAUGACAGCAACACCCCCGCCCUCACAGCCAACACAGUAACGCAGGCCGAGGAGGCUGUACAGACAGAGGGCUCCCAGCAGCUCCACCUGCAGCCCAACGACUCGUCCGGGAAGCAGCAGCCCAAGAGGUUACACGUCUCCAACAUCCCCUUCCGCUUCCGAGAUCCUGACCUCCGGCAAAUGUUCGGGCAAUUUGGCAAGAUUUUAGACGUGGAGAUUAUUUUUAACGAGCGAGGCUCCAAGGGCUUUGGGUUUGUAACAUUUGAAACGAGUGCAGAUGCUGAUCGUGCACGGGAGAAACUAAAUGGUACAAUCGUAGAAGGACGGAAAAUAGAGGUCAACAACGCCACAGCCAGAGUAAUGACCAACAAAAAGGUGGCGAACCCUUACACAAACGGCUGGAAGCUGAAUCCAGUGGUUGGAGCAGUAUAUGGACCCGAAUUUUAUGCAGUUACAGGCUUUCCAUACCCCAGCACAGGAGCAGCCAUGGCCUACAGAGGGGCCCAUUUGAGAGGGAGGGGUCGGGCCGUCUACAACACGUUCCGCGCCGCACCUCCUCCUCCACCCAUCCCUGCCUACGGAGCUGUGGUCUACCAGGAUGGUUUUUAUGGUGCAGAAAUAUAUGGAGGGUACGCAGCUUACAGAUAUGCCCAGCCAGCUGGUACCGCUGCAGCCGCGUACAGCGACAGUUACGGCAGAGUCUAUGCAACAGCAGACCCGUAUCACCAUACGAUUGGUCCUGCAGCCACUUACAGUGUGGGCACUAUGGCUAGCCUUUACAGAGGAGGGUGCAGUCGCUUCACUCCCUACUAGAAAAGAGAGAGACACGUCCCCUUUCCUUCCCCGCAAAACAGACAAAAAAAAACAAAAAAAACAAAACAACAACAAAAGAAAUCACUAAAUAACCAUCAUUACCCUCUUUAUGGAAAACUAAAAACAAAAUGCUUCCAGAUGGCAAAUGUGACCCUGAAAUGCAAGAAUCGUUCUCAAGUUGCUUCCCUUUCUACAGAGUGUACACAUUGUCAUUUAUUAAUGUCAUGUACUUAUUUUGGAAAAGAACAUUUUUGUUACUCUGUUUUGACUCGAAUGUAUUUGCAAUGAAAUGUCUGUGGUGGAAAAAAGACGAAGUGGGGAAAGAGUUGAUGAAGAGAACUUUUAGUCUUCUUCUUCUCACUCUUUCUCUCUUUUAUUGCUCUGCAACUCAGCUCCUUUGGAGUGGCCUUUUGCGCUAGUUUUAAUUCCAUCUAAUUUCCCUACCUUUAUUGUUUCAAUUAGUCAUUUCCCCCAUAUACAUUAAGAGCACUAAUGUUCAGCAAUUCCAGAUUGGGCAACAAAUUUCGGAUUGGAUUUAUUAAGUAAAUGAUACAGCCAUUCCACCCCCUGACAGAACUGGCUCCAUUGUAAGUGAGCCAAUAACUGGAGCUGAGUUUCAGACUGUCUUAAUGGGACUCAGAGCUGUUGAGCCCAAAGGAGGUGAAACUGUAAAAAAAAAAAAAAAAAAAAAAAAUGGCUCCCAGGAAGUGAUGCAUUAAGAAACUCAGAAAGUGAGAGGAAGAGCGUGAUAUAUUACUGAAUCUGAAUGCAGGAGGAAGUGAUGUAUAGCAGGGUGUGGAGCAAGAGCUAUGGCAGCCAUUGCAAAAUGGGCAGCAGUGUGUUAGAGCCCAUUGAUCGCUGGCAUAGUGCCAGAGGCAUGAGGUAUCCCAUUACUGCUGAAUGGCUUUAAAGGAGAACACUACAUGAUUUCCACACAGGGCUUCUCACUGUUUCAUGCCCUCACAUCCUGCACACACAAAGCAAUAAUCCCACUUUUGCUGUAUAUGUAUAUGUAGGAAUACUGACAAUUAUUUUUGACUUAUUAGUGAACAGAUGUGAGGGUGUCAUCUUGAAUUUACCUUUCUUUUAUUUUUUUUCUUUUAAUACUGUUUUGUUAAAGCUGCAUUAAUUACAUUUUGGCCACUAGGGGGCAGAACAAUAUCAAAACAUCCUGAAGGAUACAGCCACCACUUAUCACAGGCUUACAUUGUUAGGGCUAACAUGUUAGUGUUUGUGUCCACCGGAUGAAUGUCAAUCAAAUAUUCACUCUCCUUUUUACUCAAAUCUAAUGAAUUUCAUUUCAUUUCACUGUCGUCAGUCUGACGUCCUGCUAAUAAGAGACCUGACCAGUCAGUAGUGAAUCACAUAUCUGUCCCAUAGAUGGGAUUUGGAUGCUGGAUGCAGAUGUUUUGAGAUAAGAUACAAAAUACCAGCUGUGUCCAAAUUAAGGGGCCACAUCCUUCGAAGGCUGCAUUUGACACCUGAUUGCAUCACAGCGGCGUUACUAUGCUGUCCCAUUUUGAAAGCUCCAUCAAAUGCGGCUUGGAAAUGGCGUCCUUCUUUUCCCAGGCCAUGAAAGAUUCAGAGGGUGGAUCCUUCGCAACCAAAUGUAUCCCAAGACUACACUUUUAAAUGUAAGUACUAUUUUUCAAUUCAAUUAAAUAUUUAAAGCUACAAAUGUUAAAAACCAAGGAUAAUUAAAACCUCAAAUUUUCAUUUGAAUAAUACGGCUAAGGGACGUGUUAAGUUACGUGAUGCUAGCUAGCUACUUGGAGCCACUGCGCUUACUGUAGCUCAGCUGCUCACAUCCAAUCUAUGUCACAGUGUUUGAAAGUCUUUAAAGCAUUCACUUUCAAAUUUAAGAGAUUCAAAGGCCGACUUCUAUCUUACCAGAAUGGCAAUUUUAUAGAUAAUGUAUACUUCAUGUGAUGCAUAUAAAUGGACCAAGGUGAACAGAUUUAGACAGGAUGUGGACCCAGACAGUUUAACAUCACUUUCAAAGUCCAGUACAGACGUUGGUAUUGAUAAGAUCUUGGUUAAUUUGCUACUUAAGCUGCUUUUGUUUGUCGGUGUGAAGCAAAACUUACUCUGACAUUUCAUUUUGUUUUAGGAAGCACGGAGCAGACAGAAUGAUGACCUGUUCACCGGAGCUAAAUAUUCAGCCACUGUAGCUUGGAGGUGAAGCAACAAUAGGCCAUUUGUAAUAUCCUUUUUCUUUGUUGUGUUAUUUCUAGUGCUUUCAGGGAUGGUGUAUGUACAUGUGAUUUUAAACUGAAAUUACAUUUGUUUUAAUCAUGCAAGUUAAUAAACACACUUGUUUGAAGUUAGAAGUUUGUUUCGCUGCUGUUGUUGUGGACUACAUGCUAUAAUUGAUUUUCUCUGCCUCAGGAUGGCAAGUGUUCAGGGUCAGGAGAGGGAGUGAGGGGGAAACCCACUGCUGCAACUUGGCCAUGGUUUGUCCUCGUGGAUGAGGUGUUGGGACAGAGGCAUUCCACCCCUCCCCCCCCCCCCCAUCCUAAUUACCUACAUCCCUGAGGACACACCAGGGCCAAGUGCAGCAGUGGAUGACCAGGAGGAGGAGGAGGAGGAAAGCCAGCCAGCAGCAGAGGAAAGAAAGAGAGAGAGGGAAUGAGCCUCCUCGGGUGAUAAAAAGAAGACAUGAGGUCACAGAGAGAGGCAGGAGAGGGUCAUCUCUCUACACGAAAGAUAAGUUGAGAAGAAAAAAUUGAAUUAAUUAAAAUAAAGUAUGUGUUAAAUACAUUGUUUAUUUCAUUUGCAGCGAUCUUUACAACUAUGUAAAACAACAAAACUUUAAUGUCUGCAAGUCCUUAAAUAGUCAUGAAUUAAAAAUCUAUAUCAUAAGUUGGUGUUAAUGUGUACUUUUGCUCAGCUGGACCUGGAUGGGCAGCCACAAUAAAGACCCUGCUAUAUUCUGUCAUCUUGGGUGGUCUCCAGUGUGUGUGUGGAGAUACCACCAGGUCUCCUCCAGGGUCUUUGGGAGGUGGACAAUGAAAAAAGGUAUUCCAAACACUCUGGAGACCACCCUGUAUGAUGUCCCACUUACCAGCAAGAGAAACACCAGGGUCUCAAUCAUGGCAACCCGAAAAUCAGGCCAUCCAGCACAGGAACACUAGGUUUAUUCUGCAGUUCAGGGAUUUAUUUAUCUACCUACAUAGCCUUUUUUUAGCUGAUUAAUAACAAAACAAUUUUUUCAUAUAAAGUGAGAUAUGGGGUAUUUUCAGUAGUGCAUUCAGAUCCUUUACUGAUAUCAUACUGUGAAAACACUCUAAAAGGCUUAAUUCUAAAUCUUGCUCAAAUAAAACUAUGUAUAAAUUAUCAGCAAAGUAUGAAAAGUACUCAGUAAAAUGGUCCCUGUCAAUGUUUUUUCAGUGUUUAAGGUUGAGCUCGUUUUAUCUACUUUAUAUCUUGUUUGGUGGUUUAAUCUACAGCAAAGCAUCAUAUUCUAUAAGAUCAUCAUAUGUUGAUCAGCAUAUGCUCAUGAAGAGUCGGCUCUUGGUAAACAGCCUGUUCUCAGCUCUGUGACAGUGAAUUUUCCAUCUGAUCUAAGGGGGUUUUAAAUUGUUAAUUAGCUUAAGAAGUAGGAGAAUUUUCUCAACACUUAUUCCCUGAGUUUUUCACAAACAUUCAAAAUCAACACAUUUUUAGAUACAUGGUUUUCACUGGACAGGAAGAGUAUGAAAAAUAGUAAUCUGAAAAGUAGCUUGUUAUUAAAGCUGUCAGUAGUGGAGUUUAAGUAUAAGUUAUAUUGAAUGGAAAUACUCACGUAAAAUGCAAAUACCUUGAAUUUGUGCUUGUACUUUUAAAUAUAAAAUCAUAUUGUCAAAGUGAAAUGACAUUAGCUAUACAUUAAAGGAGCUAUUUGUAAGUUUUUGCUAUUGCUACAUAGCCAACAUUAACAGCUGUUUACUUACCAGACUAGUCGAGAGCUUCAUCCAUUGUUGUGUUUUCAAUACAAGACGUUAUACUACACAGCGCUACUUCUUCAGGGCAGACUGGAUGCUACAGUGACUCUGUAUCACAGAGUGUCAAGAUGGGCCAGCAAGGCUAGGGCUAGCUGGUUAGCAUGCUAACAUCAGUGGAAGAAAAUAAGUGAGUAAUAGAAGCAAAACAAGAGGAUUGCAUUUCACCUCUGGAGACAGCUGUUGGCAAGUGAAUGAAUGUCGUUAAAUGCUGAACUCACUCAGAGUUUCUUCUACACUGACCAGUAAACAGCUGUUAAUGCUCAUGUUAGCUAUGUAGCAAUAGCAAAACUCACAAAUAACAAAUGUUAACUGGCUAAUGUUAGCAUUGUUGUUGGCUAAAAGUGCACCCAUUUGUUUUACCUGACCACGGUCCUCUCUCAAUCUGAGAUAUUUUAUACGCUGGCGGUGAGGCAUCCCCAACUCCUCUAAUAAAUUAUUUAAAUUAACAAAUCAAUACAUUUCUGGCUCCGUCUUUUAGCUGUUGGCAUGCUAGGUGACAGGACCAGUGCUUCGUGACACAUUGGUAAGCACUGUUGAUGCCAACGGAAAAUCCUUUGUAGACCAGACCGUCAUAGUCUACUAAAGCUACGAAAAUCAUACAUUCAUAGAUCACGUCCUUGGGCAGAUGCGCCCCCUGAAUUAAAGGUGCACUAUGCAUUCCCGCAUGGUUUCAGCACAAUUUUAUUUUUGUCUCAAAUCAUAGUUCAUCUCCCCUUGAUCCGCUAGCCGCCUGCCCCCUGAAUACACUGUGAAAAAGUGCGAUCUCUGGAGACAACACAGGCGUCACAAACGGCAAACAAACACUAGAGGCACAGGCUGCGUCCCAAAACAUAACAAACCACGUUCCAGCCAA